AUGGGCAAGGUAUCAAAGACCUCGAACAUUAUUCGCGUCAGAAAUGUAUGGCAAGUUGCGCCGCAGGCAACUGAAUUGUACCCUGACUCCAUUAUCAUCAAAAUGCUCAAUUUCAACGAGCGCGGAAUGUUCGACGUCGUCGAAAAUGUCUCUGUGGAACAGGACAAAUGGAAAAAGUUCCACCCAACGGCAACAUGCUGGUCGCAAGAUCUCCAGUUUACUUCGUCCUCGCAAUUUCCGCGACUCGUGGCUGCUUUAAAAAAUCUCGGGACUCCAGGGAAUCCAUCGUCGACGAGGAGCUUCACAUUAGAAAUUUGGAGAUCGCUCACCGGGUCGGGAAAGCUAACCUUAAUGGACUUUCCCGGUCCCGAAAAUUUAAAAACGAUCAACGUCGACGAUGAUCGCAAUACCAAGAGUAGCCAAAUCAGAUCAACCACGUUCAUUAAUAAACUCCUGUUGAGUUUAAUCCAAAGAUUAAAUACGGGGUUUAUGCCCACGAACUUUGGUCUGGAGAGAAUGGUGAUGAGUACCAUUAGUGGUGCUGAUCACCUCAUGAUCGUAACCACUGCCUCGGGGGAUUUGAAAAUCGAUUUGAAUCUGUCGAUAUUAGGCUUCCAGGCUGCGAUGUCCAAGUGGUGGUCCAAGAUGCAUGGUGACACAGCGAUGAAGGUUCUUACGUUAACACCGUUUAAUAAGGCCACAGUCGGAACAGGACUGCGUGCAUCGUCCUCAACCCCAAAUGUCAUCACGGUCGAGGAGUCUGCCAGGACGGCAGUCCAUCGCGUCUACGAACUGUCGCCAGUCUUCGCACCGGCGGAAACCCCACAGCAAUGCAAACGAAAGAGCUACACAAUUUCAGAACGCCCUCUGGCAGGGAGCUCAUCAACUCAGGAGUGUUUGGUUUCCGAGCUCAUGGAGGAUGAGGACGCUGAAAGGCCGUCGACGAGCCACAAGAAAAUGUGCGGACCCAGGGUUGCCGAAACAACGGGGGCAAGCGAAGCAAAUACGGCCGAGAACUUGAACGCUUUGGUAGCCAACUCCAUCGUACCUUCGGAGAAUUCAUAUAAUGAGGAUGUUGCAAUGUCGGACGAACAGCUUUCCGAAAGGUCGGCCGAGGAGUCUGUCGAAGAACUGAUGGAGGUCGAUGGAGGAGCGGACGAAGAUAGAGCAGCAGUCGGCGAUAACCUAGAGGAUCCGGUUCCACGGGCGGAGCCAGUCAGGGCCAGGGCAGGGCGUGCCUACUCGCCAUUACCAAGUAGCGACUCAAGGUCAAGUGAUGAUGAUCCGGACGAAGAAGUGCCAGAAUUCUGUGAAGACUUGACCUUGGGCGUGAAAGAAGAAACGAAAAUAGUAUUCUGGAAUAAUGUCGAAGAAUUCAGCGUUUCUUUUCUCAAAAAUAAACUGUACGCAUCCUGGCUCAACAACAAAAUUAAAAAAUGUAGCAGGAGGGCUUUUUCCCUCGCACCAAAAGACAUCGUUGUUGGCCAGAUGUGUCUCGCUUCAAAAAAAGGACACAAUAAACGCGGAAAAAUCCAAAGCAUCGACGGUGAGUGGGUCAACCUAGACAUCGUUGACAUUGGUGUUACCAAAAAAUAUCGGAUCCAGACACUGAGGCAACUCCCGGAAGACUUGCGAACCUAUCCAGCACUCGCUUUCCGGUGUCAAAGUAGUAUCGGAGAGGCAUAUGCGAAUGCGAAUCUCGUGGAAUUGAUCGAUCGUUUUACCCAAAGUGAAAAGACGUUCGAGAUUAAGCCAGUCGAACGUCUAGGAGAUCACAAGUUCAGAGUUGAACUGUUCCUGAGCGAAGACUUCGAGACCGCGGUGGCGGAGGAAAUGGAUCGGGAAGGGAACGAGGAGGAGUCAGCUUCAUCAGAAAAUGAUGGUCAAUCCGCUCAUGCGGAAGAUGUAAGAAAUAUGGGGCAUUUGGUGCGGGGACACAAGAUGGUCGAAAUCGCGGGCUUUUCGCUCUAUAGGCCGAAUGAAUACAACAGGAUUAUGAAGGAUCUGCAUUGGACCGCGGGAGAGCAGAGUGAAUUAAGGUGCCUUAACGAAGGGUGCAACUUCACAGUUAGCAAGGGAAAAAAGGAGGUCAUGAGAGACCACUGGAUGGCCCACCAUAGGAAUAAAAAAUAUAUGUGUGUGUAUUGUUUUAGGGAAGAAGAAGUUAAGAACUUUGUAUCCACACGCUCGCUUGUGAAUCAUUGCAAACGUGUGCACGUCGAGGAGAGAAGAGAUUAAAAAAAAUAACAAAAUAAAAAACCGAUAAAAUUA